UCCGCUCCGAGUUAAAAGUCGAAGUCGUCUGUUGGUGCCAAACAGUGGAGGUGAAAUUUCAUAGCUGGCACUGAGUUCCGAUUUUUUUUUUUUCUUCUUUUGUCGUGUGCAACAUUUCGCAGCAAGUUCAGAAACUGCUUCACUUAAUAGGCAUUGUUCGUAUGCUCAGUGUUUGCGCAAAGUGUAAUUAGACUUAUCUUAGUGCUCCUGCUGCUGAUCAGCCAUUGUGGACGUCGGAAAAGUGGGCAAGGUCUAGUUUAUUUGCCCUCCGGCUACAGAUUUAGCUGUUUGCAUGAAAGGAAUUGCUGCAUGAACACUUGGAUGAGCCAUGAGGCUGCUGGCCCAGGACAAAUCGGACUGCUCCUCAACCGGGAAUGGAUUAGUAUAAUCUUGAUUCAUGUUUUUGGUUUUUUUCGAGGUUUUGUAAAUGCACCUUUAUUUGCGCAACAUUUCUUUCUUUUUUCCUGAUGAGCCAAUCCCAGGAAUGAGCAGAUAGCCCACUUGUUGCGGAGGUUUUUGAUUAAAUGUGAGAGCAGCAGAAGAGAAAAAAAAGUCCCACAGCACUUUGUCCUGUAUUCCUGCCUGCUGGAAGAAGUUGUUUGGCUGUUAUCUGUCGUCAGUCCGCAACAAUAGGCAGCACAUCAUGAAGAAGAUGGCAUCCAAACAACCCUGGACUCAGAUCUUUAUCACACUAUCGUCCUUAUUCUCCCUGACCCUGUGCAGCACAGCGGCAGAUGUCCCGGAGGAAGAAGGCUUCAGUGCUGAGGCAUGGCUUCGUAAGUUUGGCUACUUGUCUCAGGCGAGUGGUCAGAUGUCCACCAUGCAGUCGGCUCAGAUUCUGUCCAAAGCCAUCAGCGACAUGCAGCUCUUCUAUGGCCUAGAAGUGACUGGAGAGAUGGACCCUGCUACUGUUGUGGCCAUGCGUCGGCCUCGCUGUGGCCUCCCAGACAGAAAAGCGGAGGAGAUGGAAGAUGGCAAGAGGAAGAAACGCUACGCUCUCACUGGACAGCAGUGGGGCAAAGACCACAUCACUUACAGUAUAAUGAACCAGCAAAUCCCCUCCUCACUGGGCGAGGAGCUGACGUACGAUGCCAUCCGCAAGGCCUUUGACGCGUGGAGACGGGUCACUCCGCUCACCUUUGAGGAGUUACCUGCUGAAAACAACAUCAGCAUCAACAGCAGCCAGGCAGAGCUUGCUGACAUCCUGUUGCUGUUUGCCUCUGGUUUCCAUGGUGAUAUGUCUUUGUUUGAUGGCGAGGGAGGGUCACUGGCCCACGCUUACUACCCCGGACCAGGAAUCGGAGGGGAUACUCACUUUGAUGCUGAUGAGCCUUGGACACUGGAAAACCAAAACCCUGAAGGUAUAGACCUCUUCCUGGUUGCAGUCCAUGAACUUGGUCAUGCUUUGGGUCUGGAGCACUCAGAUAACCCCAGCGCCAUAAUGGCUCCUUUCUACCAGUGGAUUAACACGCACAACUUCACACUACAUGAGGAUGACAUCAGAGGAAUACAGUACAUAUACGGCCCCCCUCUCCUCACUGAUGCUCCACCGACCUCUCCUCCGGUCCUUGACGACAAACCCAAAGAUGACUCCCCCGUCUCCCCUUCUCCUGAUGAAGAUGGCCCCACCUCUAUUUCUCCCAGCGUCUCACCACCCGAUUCACCCGACCCGACCGACGGCAGUCCCAUUCCCCCAGCCCUCCCGGAGCCGAGUCCCAGCCCAACCUCCCCUCCUGUCCUCCCCACAUCCACCCCCACCGAAUCACAGCCUGAGCCGGAACCUGUCACCCCGUACGUUAGAAGAGAUGUCCCCCCUCCUCCGCCUCCUCCACGGCCCCCUGCUCCUCCCCAACCUCCAAAGCGCCCGGACAACCAGGCCCCUGAUAUCUGUGACGGGGACUUUGAUACGGUGACCUUGUUGAGGGGGGAGAUGUUCGUUUUCAAGGGUCGUUGGUUCUGGCGUGUGCGGAGGAACCGGGUCUUGGAUAACUACCCCAUGCCGAUAUCUGUCUUCUGGAACGGCCUGCCUAGUGACAUUGACGCCGCCUAUGAGCGCCACGAUGGCAAAUUUGUCUUCUUUAAAGAUGAUAGAUACUGGGUGUUCAGGGAGGCUGAUGUGCUGCCAGGAUACCCGCAGCCCUUACAUCAGUACGGACAAGGAGUUCCUGCACACAAGAUUGACACAGCGAUCUGGUGGGAGCCUAACGGAUACACAUACUUCUUCAGUGGAGACAGAUACUGGCGAUACAAUGAGGAGACCCGCGCUACCGACCGGGACUUCCCCAAGCCAAUCGACAGAUGGGGCAGGAUCCCUCCAUCGCCUAAGGGAGCCUUCCUCAGCGAUGACGGCGCUUACACCUACUUCUACAAAGGCAGCAAUUACUGGAGGUUUGACAACCGCAAGACAGAAGCAGAGAAAGGCUACCCACGCUCCAUCCUGAAGGAUUUCAUGGGCUGUUUGGGAGCCCCCGACCCUAAGCCCGAUACAGACACCGAGCAGGAACCAAAAUACAAACCAGUCAACCCUUCAGACCGAGGUAAAGACAAUAACAAAGAGCCAGACAUGGACCGGGACAAAGACAAGAACGCAGAGGAAGACCAAUCCUCUCAUCCUGACAGCACAGAGGAGGAGGACAAAGAGGUUAACGUGGUCGUGACGGUGGCCGACAAUGAAUCAAAGGUCAUGACCCUGAUCAUGGUGAUUGUUCCUCUGGUUCUCAUCCUGUGCAUCCUCGUCCUAAUCUACGGCAUCCUCAGGACUCUACAGAACAAAGAGACGCCGAGGGCCUUGGUGCACUGCAAACGUUCGAUGCAGGACUGGGUGUGAGGCACAGAAUGAGAAGAGAUAGAGCGGGUAUUCAUAAUUUGGUACAUUCGUUACAGGCAUAACUUUUUUUACUUAUGGCUCUGACGCAGUACUUUAGUCUAAGAAAGCAGAGGAUGAGUCACUGUUUUGGGCCCCUUUCAUUGUGAGAACUUUUAUUGCUCAUGUGAAAUAAUGCAAAUGUGGUAAAAUUGGUGCCUGUGGAGCUGCAGUGUACGUUUCCUUCUACUGGCUCUUGAAGUAUUUCUCCUUUGUGCCUCCCAAAUGUCCGAAAGGGUACUUCUAUUUCUUUAAAAAAAUCACCUUUGUUCCAUCACAGCUUAAAAAAAAAAGAUGUGAUCGCCACCAGAUGUGUAUUUUAGAAGACACAUGACACACUAGGAAAGUCCGUUUCUAUCAAUUGUAAUUGUUCAGAGGAGUGUAGUAUAAAUGCAGACCAAGUCAAUAAUGCACAUACAUUACACAGAAUCACACAUACGCUACAAACACACAAACAGCAAUACAAAUACAUUCAUUAAUAUGAAUAAGUCUUCCAUAUGCUUGACUACGGUGCCUUAACCAGUCCCAAUAUUUUUCUUAGUUUAGAUCAGAUCAUUUGCACUUUUUUAUUCUGUUUUUUGUCGUCUUUGUUUUGCUGAGGAUGCUUUACUCCAAAUACAUGUGUGUGUGUUUUUGUGCUUAUUAAACACAAUGACACUAGCAGAAGAAGCAAGUCCUCUGACCAGCGCAGGAAUGUCAGACAGCUGUGUGUGUCCAUGACCGCCCAUCUCCCACUGAGCCCAUUAUGUCUGCCCUCUCUAACACACGCACCAACAUCACAUGAUCUCCAAAAAAACCUCUAACUGCACUCAUUUGUGCAUGCAUGUCCACAUAUGCAGACACACACGCACACACACAGGCAAGGAGACCACUUACCCAAACAAAGGCACAUAGUUUUUGCACACAGACACAAGGGCUCCAGCCUCCCCUCCUCCCACCACAGCCCCGAUAGCUGUUCUGACUACACCACUAAAACACAAUCCCAGUGGAGACACAUUGAUAUACCCCUGGUGCCACGGCUUGGAUGAAAUACAACAGGGGGGGGUUUAUUCACACUUAACGAGAAGAUUUGAAAAGUGCUGUGGUAUUUUACAAAUGAUAUCCAUCUGAGCUCGACCUGUCAAGAGUAAAACCAUAGCAGCAGUAUCCAUCUUUCUGUAUCUCCUCUACUGUUAAAGCUAAAUAGUGUCAGAGCAAAUUAAGUGAACAUGGGAGAAGCCUGCAGGAAUGGGUCAGGAUCUGGUUUCCAUUAAACCCACAUGCUACUGAUUUAGUAGUGUCAGGCAUGAGGAGAGGAGAGAGAGGGGAGUUGGGGAAAAUGCAGAAGGAAGGAGGUAUAAAAUAUAAUGGUGGGGAGAAAGGGGAAAUGAGAGAGAAUGACGAGGGAAAGAAAUAAACCGGGGGAGGCACACAUUGAGGAGGGGAGAGGGAGGGCUCUGCCAGAAUUUCCUUGCCAGUUUUCUCUGGAAAAGGAGGAGCAAGGGAAAGAGGGAGGAUGGAUCUCAUGGAGGAACAGCGCUGGCGUUGCGCCUCCUGACCUAGAUUGGGACACUAAGUCCAAGCCUCCUUUUCAAGUCUCUUUGUUUUUGCUAAGCUUGUUGUCAUGAGCUGUAGAUGACUUCCUCUGUGACCCCCUCCUCCCUCCCUUAUCUAUCUUUCUCUCAAAGUUUUCUUUUGUUUCUUUCGUUGUCUUUUUCUCUCUUUUUUUCUCUCAUUAUUGUGCCUUACUGCACUAAUGCGCUCCCAGAUGUACUCUUUUUCUUAUCCACUCUCCUGGAAAGUUAGCUCAAGCAUUUAAAAGGUACUUUUACUUUUUGGCAAAAAGUGUUAAUUUAGUCUCCCACUAUCUAUCUGUGUUGUCUAUACCUUGCUUGUGUAAAGCCACUAUUGACAUGCUAAUCAUUACCUUCCACUUGUUUCUUGUGCCUUUAUUUUCUUUUUGCCAUUAUUGUGCCUUUUUUUCUGUGAAUAAUGGGGUGGCAUUUUUUGUACUAUAAAAAGCAAGAGGGAAAUUUUAAAAAUGUGUUUCUUUUCUUUUUUACUCUACUUAUUACUUGUAGUUUUGUAAAUUUUGUUUUUGUUCGGGUUUUCUGUAAGAACAGUAUUAUAUAAUCACGACAUUGAUGCAUGCAGGGCAUGUUCUGUAAGGCCUGUGCACUCCUGUGUAGAGUAUGUUAAAGUUUUCACAAUAAAA